AAACAAUUUUCAUCUUCUUCUCAAACAGUUGACAACAUUUGAUUUAAUUCUUUACCCUCAUUCAGCUGAUAGAUGUUGCAAUUCUAUCAUCAUCACCUUAACCAUCAUCUUCGCAAUCAUUACCAAUACUUUAAACCGAUGAAAUUAAAAUAAGUGAAACAAAAUCAAAUCUGUCAAAUCUUUGUGACUGUCAACGUAACCAUUAACAUCUUCAUUUUUAAUUGUUUUCCCUUUUCUUUUAUUUUUUUUGCCUUCACUCUUUUCCUUUGUUUAAUUUUCUAUCCAUCAUCAUCCAUUUACCUUUCCCAUUAACUGUUCCAACUCACAUUAACAAGUGUACAGAGAUAAUAUUGUUAUAUUGGAACACAUUUUCUUCUAUUCUAUUGAUCAUUUAGCUUUUUUUUUAGAUUUUGUUCUAUUCUUUUUUGUUUUGUUCUCUUACAGUAUCCAUCUCACUGAUUAUUUCUCGCCUUUACAAUAUAGUGCAAAGGAUUAUGAUGAACAAUUUGAUGGGAUGAAGGUUAAUCUCGGUAUCUGGUGUUUCCCGAUUAUUUAAGAUAAACAAAACUGACAAUCCAAUGGCUAAUUCUGAUACAGAACCAGCCAGUCUUUUGGCUACAUUAGCUGGUUUUGUGGCCUCCGUGGGUAUGAUUUUCGGAGGUAUUAUCCCUUAUGUACCACAAUAUUUUGAUAUAAAACAGACCGAAAAUGCUGAUGGUUUCUCUCUAUUCGUUUGUUUGGUCCUUCUAAUUGCCAAUAUUCUUCGUAUCUUCUUCUGGUUUGGUAAACAAUUUGAAACACCAUUGUUACUUCAGAGUAUCUUCAUGAUCGUUGCUAUGUUCGCCAUGAUUGAGAUUUGUGUUCGUGUGAGAUACAAAAAUUUAUCUCCUAUUCGAAGUCGUCAGAUGUUUGAUGAAACAAAUAGUACAAUAAUCAAGGAUGUCGAUUCACAAUUAAUCCACCGUUUCUGGGAUUUUGAUCCGAAUUACUUUUGGGAUUGGACAGAUUUUACUUCCUAUGUUGAAUUUGUUGCCUCUUUUACUGUGAUAAUGGGACUUUUAAUGUACAUGAUGAUAGAUAAUCCAAUUUUCGUUGAAGUUGUUGGCUAUGCAGCUAUGUUAACAGAAGCCUUUCUUGCCUCACCACAAUUAAUUCGUAAUCAUCAAAAAGGUUCAACUGAAGGAUUAAGUAAACAAAUGGUUCUACUUUGGACUCUCGGUGAUUCUUAUAAAACUGGUUACUUUGUUAUUAAACAAUCGCCCGUUCAAUUCGUUGUUUGUGGUCUUCUCCAACUAACGAUUGACUUUCUCGUUGCUCUUCAAAUUUUGGUCUACAAUUUACCAGGAAUGCGAAAUAAAACAAUUACCCACCAUAUUAAAUGAACAAUCAUCAUCAUCACCAUAAUAUUUUCACUUGAUUAAUCAACUGCAAAUUAUUUUCUUCAAAAUCACCAAAUGAAACGAUACCUGAACUUUUUUCUCUCUCUGCUCUUCAUCAUCAAUUCUCAUCUUUAUUAUAACUAAUUAACACAGAUUCUUAUACCAAGGAUGACUCAACAUUAAGUCUCUCUCUCUCUUUCUAGAAACAAUCAUCUAUCAUAAACACCAUCAUAAUCACCAUGAAAAAUUCUUAUGCUUGUGGAUCAGCAUAAUUUUUAUUUUCCUUCAUCUUGGAUUGUGAAACCUACUGAUUUGUGGAAGUCAAAAGAAACGAAAGAAAAUCAAAAGAUAUAUGCAACCAAUUGAAUGUUUUAAAGUUGACCAAAAAGAGAAACAAUCAAUCAAAUUAAUCAACAAUCAACAAUCAACCAAACGGCUUCUAUAUAUUUUCAAUCAUAAAGCAUUUUAAAUGAUUAUCAAUUUUGUGCCACUCACACCAAAUAAUAAUUUGUGAUCUCUCCUGUUUAGUAAAGUAAAUCCCCGAUUUCCUAAUCAAACAUUAAUUUUAAUCAACAGAAAAUCAACAAUUUAACUCAAUUCCAGCACAUGACCAUAAAAAACGCUCUUAACAACUAUAUAAAUUGCUAUUAAAUGCUUCAAUAAUACAA